GGCCUGUUUUGCGCGUGUGUAACCUGUUUCAAACUCUGGCGAGCGCGCGGCCGCAGCGCGGUGGGGGGCGCAGCCACUGGGCGGGAGCACAAAGUGCGCGAGCCCGUGGUAGUUCCCUCGCGACUGCUGCGUGCCUGACGGGCGUUCCUGAGCCCUCACUUCGUUGUGUGGCGGGAGCGCCUGACCGCUUUCGUUUUGGAGUGGUCGCUUGUGUGUGCGUCCGCCCGAGAUCCUCUGCGCGGGCGGAGCCGGGCUGGAACAUGGCCGCCUCGGGCCUGAAUCAUCUGAAAAAUGAUUACAGAAGAAGAUAUUGUCGACCUUCCAGGGCACCUGACAUAAAUGUGGAGCAAGGCAAGAAUAUACUGGAAAUCUUACAAGACUGUUUUGAAGAAAAAAGUCUUGCCAAUGAUUUUAGCACAGAUUCUACAAAAUCAGUGCCGUGUUCAACACCCAAAAUAAAAGACACUUGCAUUCAGUCACCAAGCAAAGAGCACCAGAAAUCCCGUCCAAAGUUGCUUCCAGCUUCUUCAAGAAAGAAAGAAGGCUUCAUUGUAGAACCAAAUGAAGAGAUCAGCAAAUCAGUUCAGGCCCCUGAAGUUCAUCAGAAAACUCCGGCAACUGAUGUUGGUUCUGAAAAUACGACUGACUUGAAAAAUGUGUCAAGUAGAAAACAAAAUGACCAUCACAAUGAAGUUGAUGAAGAAUUUUAUAUAUCUGUUGGUUCGUCUUCUGUUGUUUUGGACGCAAAGGCGUCUUUAUCACAAAAUGCUAUUCCAUCUAUUGCCCAAAAGAAAGAGACUUACACUUCUGAAAACUCACUAAAUGUGCUGUCUUCAAGUACAGAGAUUUCUUGUAAAACCAAAAAAAGGUUAAACUUUGAAGAUAUUUCGAAGAAAGUAGAAAUAGAGGAUAAAGUAUUAGAAGGACCACAAGGGAAGAAAGCGUCAGGAACACCUCAGAAAAGAACCCAAGAUUCAGAAUAUGAAAUUCAACCAAAAGCUAAAAAGAGUUUUUCGAUAUUGUUUUUAGAAACUGUAAAAAGGAAAACUGAAUCCAGUCCUGUCAUUAGGCAUGUAGCAACUGAUCCACCUCAUUCUUCUCCAAAUGACGUGAAGUUGUUAGAGGAUGAAUUUAUAAUCGAUGAAUCAGACAUAAGUUUUGGCAAUCAGUCUUUGAUUAAGAUACCAAGAAAUGUUAAGCCUCCAAAACAACGUACAAUAUCCCCUGUUGAGAGCACUGUAGUCCUACAAGGAAAGAAGUCAAGAGAAAAACAUCACAAUGUCACAUUGACAAGUGAUAAAAAUUCACAUAAAGCUCACCCAGUAGAGAAACCUCAACCCUUUGAAGGAAAAAAACUUGGUAAAUCUUGUGCUUCAGCAUCUGAAAUGGAGAAUAAUUGUAAAUCUACAAAAGAUGCAUUAUAUUCUGAGAAUGCAGAAAAGCCAUCUGAAAAUAAAGGGACUAUAAAACAAAAUAGGAGAAGAAAAGUCAAGGCCAAAGUAGUUGAAGAACAUCUUGAUAUGGAGCAACCUAAAGAUAAAAAUAUAAAUACGUCUUUUACUGUCCAAGGAAAAAAGAAAAGUAGAACUCAUGUUCCUAUUAAAGAAAAUCAGAAAAAAGUUAAGGAAAAAUUAAAAAACAAGCGUUUUUCAAAUCAGCCCAAGAAGGAGAGCCUUGUACCUGAGGAAGUGACUUUGACUGUCACAAAAAGUCGAAGAAUCUCCAAGCCACCUUCUAAUUGGUGGGAGGUAAAAUCAGACCAGAGUCCUGUUGGUAGCAAUUCUUCUCUAAUAAAAAAUGAAUUAUCAUUGCAUCACAAUAGCAGACAAAAACCUGCUGGAAAAAAAAAUCAGUCAUCUAAGAAUAUUAGGAAACAAACUACUCCAUUUAAAAGGCAGAAGACAGCUACUCAAGGCAACUCAAGAGCACAGACAUUUUUAAAUGCUAAAGAUUCUGGAGAUAUUAUUGACCAUGAUGAAAUUUCCAGUUCCAAGAAUGAGCCAUUGGAAAGUGAUGAGGCAAGCCUGGCUAAGAAGAAAAAUCUUGAUUGUUCUGGAACUACAGGAGGUUUACAGGAUCAAUGUAGUUCAGAUAGUAUUUCAACUCAACAAAAUACUGAUCAAAAGUCUCUGACCAGUGGAUACGCGUGGGAGAAGGGAACAGAUUCUGAAAAGCUGGGGACUUCAAUUUUGGAAGGAAGUGGACCUUCUAAUCUCCGGAAAUACGUGAUGUCUGGAAAGAAUAAUUCUGAUACAGGUAGAAAGGAAGCUCAGAAAAGUUCAGAUGACUUAAGAGUAAAAAGAUCUAAAGUGAUAUCAGAGAACAAAAUACAUCACAAAUUAGUAUUGCCCUCCAAUACACCAAACGUUCGCAGGACCAAGAGAACACGAUUGAAACCUUUGGAAUACUGGCGAGGGGAGCGAAUAGAUUAUCAAGCAAGUCAGUCAGGAGGAUUUCUGAUUGGUGGAAUACUAUCCCCAGACACAGUGUCACCUGAAGGGAAGAAGGCAAAUAGAAAAACGGGAACAGCCAACAAAAUAACUAAUAGGAAAAGGAUCUGUCUUGAUAACAAUGAAAGAAAGAAAAAAUUAGUGACAAAUCUGAAUAUACCUCUAGGAGAUCCUUUUCAGCCAACAAGGGUAAAGGACCCAGAAACAAGAGAGAGUAUUCUCAUGGAUCUUGUAAGGCCACGAGAUACGUAUCAAUUUUUUGUUGAGCAUGAGGAGUUGAGAGUAUAUAAAACAUUGGAUACACCUUUUUUUUCUACUGGAAAAUUGAUAUUAGGACCAUGUCAAGAAAAGGGAAAGCAGCAUGUUGGCUUAGAUACAUUGGUUUUUUAUGUUGACUCUGGUGACCUUUUAUGUACCUUACAUGAAACACCUUAUCUAAUGACUGCUGGGGAUUCAUUCUAUGUUCCUUCAGGUAAUUAUUACAACAUCAAAAAUCUCCAGAAUGAGGAAAGUGUUCUUCUUUUUACUCAGAUAAAAAGAUGAAAGAUUAAGCAAAACUUAAACACAUGUGUAUAUGUAUAUAUAACAGCUUGGACAGGUGGAACAUUUAUGUUUGUAAUCACUUGUGAUGUUUUUAAAAUAAAAAAUUUAUUCUGUUUAGUGAUUACUUAUAUGAGAUAAACAUUUUCAACCUCCUAUAUGUAGCUUCUGAUUUUUCUAUAAAUAUUACAAAAAUAACAUUGCAUUGGGCAGAUCUGCUGCAAAAGAUCUCCUUAAAGUGUUAAAAAGCAAAGCUGUUACUUUGAUGACUAAGUUGCUCCUGACCCAAGCCAUGGCCUGUAGUGAUGGCCAUAUUUACGACCUUCUAGUUCGACGUGACAGCACUGGGUUGGGGUGUAGUAAUAAAAUGCAAAGAAUACCAAAAUCACUGCUCCCACAGUGAAAUCAAGUAGUAGACAGUUUUCUUUCAGAAGAGAUCUGAUUCAUAUGCCCAUUUAUUUAGAAAAUCUUUUCUGAAUAUUACUUUUAAAUCAUUAAAUAAUCCAACAGUAGGAAACUGGUACAAUAAUAGGGAAAUGGUACAUCGGGAAUCACAUCUAUUUAAAUUAUUAUAUAUAAACUUUUUUUCAUCAUGUUUUUGCAUGUUUUUUAAUGCUAGAGGUGGUGCCUUUUACCAUUUCUUUCUGUGCUUGCUCCCUCCCCAACAUUUUAAUAUUAAAAAAGAUAAAAAUACCUCAAUAAAUAUAGGCCAGUCUAAUUUUUAUUUCUUUUGUAUAAGUGUUGUAAUUACAGUGACCUCUGAAGAAGUUGUUUCAUGGUGGAUAAUCCUUAGGCCUGCUCCUUUUUUAGGGCUGUAUUUAACAGUUAAAUACACUAUAUAGAUAUAUAGAGAGAGAAAGAUUGUGUGUGUGUGUGUGUGUAAGGGGAAUACAGGAGAGGAGAGAAGAGGAAAGGGGGAAGGAGGGUAGGUUGGAGAGGAAGAGCAAAGAUAAACACUCAAGACCACAGAUAGUAACAUUUCAGGGGAGAAGCCCACCAAGAUUAUGUAUUUUGCAGGUAGAUAUUUAUGUUAAAAGACCAACAUAACCCAUAGUGUAAAAAUAGAAUAUUGUAAAAUACCAAACAAAAAGGCACUGCUUUUUUUCCCUACCCACUUUAAAAAAAGAUAUAAUUUGUGUAGAAUACUUGAAACUGUAAAGAUAUACUCUUACAUAGAGAGAACUUUAUGCGUUACCAGUCCAGCAACUUACUUCACUUCAUUAAACUUAAUUAUAAUUGUUCUUUUUACUGCUUUUGGAUAGCAAGGUUACAUAUUUUUGUACAUCUCAUAGCAUUGUUGCAAGUGAACAAGUAAGUGUGAUGUGGUUUUCCAGUGACUGUAAAGAGAAUGAUAUUUAGGAGGCAAGUCUUGUAAUGGAGCAAUAACACAUUAUAAAGUUAAUCCACUAAACAAUCGAGUCCAAAGCCUAAGAAUCCAUCAAGUAGGUAUAGAAGCUCAUCAUAAAGCAUAUUAAAUAACAGAAAAAUGUCUUUUAAAAUAGUAUUUGCCCAUUGCUGGUAAGCAGAAUAUAAGUAGGCAAAAAAGGUGAGCCUUCCUUAGAUCACGUCUUACGUUUUUGUCCUCACAUUUCUGUAAUUCCUUUGAAAAAAUCUGUAUAUAUUUUUAAGGUGACUAAACAUGUGCAAUAUACACUUGAAAAUUUUUUCAAAACAUAACAUUUUUUGAGGAGUGCAGUAACGGAUAUAGUGGGAAAAUCCUACCUUCAUAGCUAACUGUGUGAAAGGUCAGCAUGAAGCCAAUUCCCAAAGUGUAGAAUGUAUCCGGUCCUUAGUUUCCUACUUUUCUGUCAUCACCAGCCGCUCACACGGUACACUCUGAUCCCAACCACCCAGAGCUGGAUCAGAGUCACUAGUUAGAUGGACGUCAUCUUUCAGGCCAGCUGCCCAUGCAGCAUUUCAUGGACCCAGCCACCCAAAGCUGGGUUAGGGCUGACAUCUUAGAAGGAUGCCUGCUUUCAGACUGCCAAAUAGGUUCUCACUGCCCUAUCGUUUUAUUAGCUGGAGUGACUCUGAAUUCACAAAGUAUACCAUACUUAUGGCUACAACUUUAUUACAACCAAAAACGAAGAGACACCUAGGGUGAUGUCUGGAAGAGGUCACAGUGUGGAGCUUCUGUGUCCCAAAGAGGGAUGUGCUACACUGUCCCAUGGAUGGUUACCAACCAGGAAGUUCCACAGCCUCGGUUCAGGGCUCUGUCAGCUUCCCUAUGUGGUGAUGACAGAUUACAUUAUGCCUCCCCAGGCUUAGCAAUCAGGAUCUCAGGUGGUCUCUUUUGGACUGGUCAGCUCCUCCUCAUUAGUCUCAGGUAUAGUCUGGCUAGGAGGAACUGAGAAAAAGGACGAAAUUGCUUUUUGCAAAGUGAGCCCACACCUCAUGGAGGGAGUGGCACUUAGGAGGAAUGAGGUGCUAGAGUUUUUUUUCCCCAAUGUUUUGCUUCUUUUUUUCCCCCGCCAUAAAAAUGGAGGAUUAUGUCUCUUUACAUUGUGACCAAAUUUCUUAAUGAUUAGUUCCUUUGGGGAAAAUGUAAUAUUAGUAUGAUUUCAUAUAUUUCAUUGAUUAUAUUGUUAUAAUGUAGAGUUCUCUGAUUACAAAAAUAAAUUUCAACUUGACAUUUUCUUUAUGGAUUAGUCUAGUAACAUUGUUCUCCACGUAGAACAAAAGUAUUACUGCUACAUUGCAAGUAACAGUUCUGAAUUUUUUUUUAAGGGAAAAACCUUAACAUUUAGCUGAACACCGAUUUCUAUAAUAUCUUUCAAAUUUUUAAUUUGCCUAAAGUGUAAACAUAUAUUUAAUCUGUAUGCAGUUGGUUUGAGAUUAUAUUAGUAUUUAAAAAUUUUUUAAAUUUGUUAAUACCAUUUUUAACAGUUACUCA